AUGAGGACCCAUGCGAUGGACUUCUACGCUGACCUCUUUGGGGCAGAACAGUGCAGCAUGGAGUGCCGUGAGGAGCUCCUGGAGGGGCUUCCUCAGCUCAUCCCAGGAGAGAAAGCUGCUCUGGACUCUGAGCUGACUCUGGACGAGUUGACAGCCGCUGUCAAUCAGAUGGCAUCAGGACAGUGGAGCGAAGAGGGAGAGUACAGUUUCCCCGCUCUGUAUAUCACCCCAGUUGUGGGGGAGUGGCAGGAGGGAGGAGGUCAGCUGCUGUCUCUCACAACCCCACACCUGGAGACUUUUCAGGCUGACAAGUGUGGUCCAGGGUUCUAUCGCUCCCUGCUCCAGGCGGGAGGCUGCAGUAAGUGUCCUCCCCACAGUUGGGCCAGGGAGUCCGGGGCCCGGGUCUGCAGCUGCGAGCCUGCAUACUACAAGAACCCUGCGGACCCCGCCAACAUGGCGUGCACACGCCCCCCUUCCGCUCCCCGUAACGCCAUCUCCAACGUCAACGAGACCAGUGUCUUUCUGGAGUGGUCCGUUCCAGUGGAGACUGGCGGCAGGAAGGACGUGCGCUACAACAUCCUGUGCCGCCGGGUGCUGCCGGAGGGGCGGGGCUUAGAGGAGUGUGGCGCAAGCGUGCGCUUUCUACCUCGGCGCGUGGGCGUGGCCAACACCUCGGUGAUGGUGGCGGACUUGCAGUCCCACACCAACUACAGCUUCCUAUUGGACGCUGUCAACGGCGUGUCACUGUUGGCCAAUGACCAUGCCCGGCAGUAUGUGACACUCAACGUCACCACGAAUCAGGCGGCCCCUUCCCCGGUCAGCUUGGUGAGGAGGGGGGCCUCCGGGAGGAGCAGCAUCACGGUGUCCUGGGCUGAGCCCGACCGGCCCAACGGCAUCAUCUUGGAGUACGAGACCAAGUACUUUGAAAAGGAGCAGGAGUCAAGCUACACGAUCAUGAAGUCCCAGCUGACGGAGAUGGUGGUGGAGGGUCUGAAGCCGUCCUCCGCCUACAUCUUCCAGGUCCGGGCCAGGACGUCCGCUGGCUACGGAGCCUUCAGCCGGCGCUUUGAGUUCCAGACCAGCCCUUCCUUGGCGGCGUCCAGUGAGCGGGCCCAGGCGUCAGUCGUGGCCGUAGCCGUCACCCUAGCCCUCGUCCUGCUGGCCCUGGUGGCGGGCUUCCUGCUGAGUGGACGGAGGUGUGGCUACAGCAAAGCCAAGCAGGACCCAGAAGAAGAGAAGAUGCAUUUUCACAACGGCCUCAUCAAGUUCCCGGGGUUGCGUACCUACAUCGACCCGCUGACCUACGAGGACCCCAACCAGGCAGUCCACGAGUUUGCCCAGGAGAUCGGCGUAUCGUCCAUAUCCAUCGAGAGGAUCAUUGGAGCCGGUGAGUUCGGAGAGGUGUGCAGCGGGCCCCUACGGUUGCCAGGGAAACGGGAGUUCCAGGUGGCCAUCAAGACACUGAAGGCAGGCUACAGCGAGCAGCAGAGGCGGGACUUCCUGUGGGAGGCGUCCAUCAUGGGCCAGUUCGACCACCCCAACAUCAUACACCUGGAGGGUGUGAUCACCAAGAGCAAGCCAGUGAUGAUCAUAACAGAGUACAUGGAGAACGGCUCUCUGGACUCCUUCCUCAAGAAGAACGACGGACAGUUCACGGUCAUACAGUUGGUCGGCAUGCUGCGAGGCAUCGCAUCAGGCAUGAGGUACCUGUCGGAGAUGGGCUAUGUGCACAGAGACCUGGCAGCUCGGAACAUCCUGGUGAACAGCAACCUGGUCUGCAAGGUGUCCGACUUCGGCCUUUCCAGAGUCCUGGAGGAUGACCCUGAGGCCGAGUACACCACCCGGGGUGGGAAGAUUCCUAUUCGCUGGACGGCUCCGGAAGCCAUCGCCUACAGAAAGUUCACGUCGGCCAGUGACGUGUGGAGCUACGGCAUCGUCAUGUGGGAGGUGAUGUCAUACGGCGAGAGGCCCUACUGGGAGAUGUCCAAUCAGGAUGUGAUCAAGGCAGUGGAUGAGAGCUACCGUCUCCCAGGGCCCAUGGACUGCCCCGAGGCCCUUUACCUUCUCAUGAUGGACUGCUGGCAGCGGGAGCGCAGCACGCGGCCCAAGUUUGACGAGAUUGUGGGUGUGCUGGACAAGCUGAUCCGCAACCCCAGCUCACUGAAGAAACUGGUCAACUCUUCCCACAGGGUUUCAAACCUCUUGGUGGAACAUGCCAGUGUGGAGGUGGACCAUACCACUCUGAGCCAGAGUGUGGGGGACUGGCUGGACUCGAUCAAGAUGGGUCGCUACACUGAGCUCUUUAUGGACGGGGGUUUCUCCUCAUUGGAGACGGUUGCACAAAUGACCUCAGAGGACUUGAGACAAGUAGGUGUCAACCUUGCUGGACAUCAGAAAAAAAUCAUCACCAAUAUCCAGGAGAUGAGAGUUCACAUCAUCAACAAGACCACUAAUGACGCCGAUGAGUUGGAGCUGGCCUGAGCGGCACCUGGACCACCACUCAGACCUCUGGACUGCAGAACGCCCUUCUACAACUAGAUUCAGAUGGUUUGAAACUGUUUUACACAAAAGGAACUAGACUAUGGUGACAGUCUGCAUCUAGCAGGGUGUACCUUAUCCGAUGCUGCAGGUUGUUAUUCCUCAAGUGGACUUCCAUCCGAAAAUAGGAGUUCACUUUUUAUUCUUAUUAGAACCUCUGCUUUAGCUCGUUUUUGGGUCUUGCCCAAACACUGGUCAACCAACUGUAAGCACUGCAAUACCACACCGAUUUAGACGCUAUUGCAAGCACAACAAUACAACAAUAUCACACAAAGAGCAAUGCGGGUAUAGUAGGACUUUAUGGCAAUGAAUACUGAGUAGGGCUUUGAAGAGUAGAUGCAAGGCAUCGGGUAGAACAACACUACUGCACUUGGAAUGCUCAGAUGCGAACCAUCGCCGGUUUGCCAGUGGAAUGUAGAAACUGAGCAAAUGGAGAGACUUUCAUAAAGGAACCUUCUGCAGCGGGAUCCUUCUACUGUCACCAGUACACAGUUGGGACCACUCCAUCUGUUACUUUAAAACACAAAAAUUAUACUCAUUCCAAGUUAUCUGUCCUUGUUUAGCUCAACCGUUCUGUAAAACGAAGGCAUGCCCCAUGCAAAGCUUCAGAACGCCCAGUCAAACCAGAAGGGAAUUUUACAAGAAACAGAACUUUUUGCUCUGGUUCUCAACUCUUAAAGAACGUCAAACAAUCAAACUCUAAUGGAACUUCAGCCCACCCUGGACCUAGCAGAAGGUUCUGGGGUCUGGGACACAAGACCAACAUCUGGGUACAAGUACUUAAUCCUCAGUUGUCCACCCACCACCUUCUGAACCUUCCAACUCCCUCACCUUUUCCUCCACUGCACAGCCACGUUUUUCAGAGGCAAAGGGAUGUCACCGUCAGCCGUCCCUGGGGUGGAUCAUUUCAGGCAAUAUAGAUAUUGAACAAUAAUGAUUUUAUUUAUUUGAAAAUAUCACUUUAAAGAAAAGCAACAUUAAAAAGUACCUCCACUUGAUCCUAUUGCACUCCGUAUGACUUGCCCAGCAACUCAGUUUAAAUGUCUUCUAUGUAUAUAAUGUAUUAUAUAUUCAAAGCAGGGAGCAGUGUAUUUACAUCUACUGUUUAUUAACAAUUGAUAUUGCAUCUCAGAGGAGUAAAGAGCAUAUAGGAGCACCCUUGAUUUUACUUAUUGCCAGACCGGCCCAGAGACACAAUACAAUGUAGUCAUUGCGUUUGGCUGCAAGGAGCUUCCAGGAUCGUCUUUGAUAUUAUAAGUCUGGAAAACGAUUUUCUAUUUCAAACCGUAGAGGUGGAAUUCCUAGACAUCAAAAAUAAAAGACCUUGUCAGAAUUGUGCUAAAUGGCAACAACAUAAAUAUAUAUAGGGUAUUGUUGCAAUCUGAUUGGCGGUAGGAAAUCUUACUUGGAAUGUUCCACAGCUGUGUAAUCAAGCCACUAUAAUUGUUGCUGCUUGGGGUUACGAUGGAGCAAUGUUCAGUAUAUAUUAUAAUUCUGUCAUGUGAUAACUGUAUGAUAUAAUAUCAUGAUGUCACUGGUCCUGGCUUAACUCCUCUCUGGUGCUGCUUCCCAGUUCUUCAUCGCUCCAUUUCACAGCUGUGUUUACCAGACCAUAGCUUUAAAAUAUAUAUUCUCUUUGCGUAUUUACAUACUAAUAUUGUUCUUGGUUAUACAAUCAUUUGCUACCGGCUGCAACCCAAGCGGGAAGAAGAGAUUGCAAUGAUAGUUUUGUAAGAGAUGGACAGGACAGUGAAUGAGGAGGACUAUAAACCACAGAAGAAGAAUGUAAACACAUUCAUGAGAUGUUCACUUCCAGUUUCUAUCAACCAAACCAUCCUUGGUGUUUCAAGGAUGGUUCAACUCUCAUAUAAUAACGGUCAGCUGGUUGCUAUGUCUCCGCAAUAUAUGACGCACAUUAGAUUUUUGGAUUCGGUUCAUAUUUAGUUGUUAUCAUGAUGACAGUAGACUAGAGCAAAUCCGCCACAGAUAGAAAGAUUGGUAAAAUGUAACGAUGGUUAACAAAAGUUUUGGUUGAACUGAACAUAAAAUUGGGGUUGCAUAUUUAAAUUGCACAAGAGGCGAUGUCCAAUGAGCAAAAUAUCAUUCAGAAUCUCAAAAACAUUUUGAAACCAAAUCCAUGUUGAUAAUGUUGCCCUAUUUGCAUCAACUUAAUACUUGUAUUUAGGGCCUUCAUACUUGUAUUUGGGGUCUUCCUACUUGUAUUAACCUAUCCUGUUGACAUGCAGGCAGGGUAAGUUGCUACAGUGAGCUACAUUUUUGGCUCAGAAGAUUGUUUGGCUAUUGACACAGAUUAGCAGUGUACCAUUUAAUCAGGAAUGUACAGUAAUGCUAACCGAUAGCUAUCCCGCACACACACUGUAUUCUUCCAUUUCAAAGAUGUGUGUGCUCUUUCAAGUAGUUUACUUUCAUCUAAGUACAAAGUUUGCUCUUUAGUUCUUCCCUGACACAAACCUUUAAAGUUUUCAACAGCUUGCGGGAUAACAAGGGAAGCAGUACACCUGUAUAAGUGCCUCUGACCAUUUAAGCACAACAAACUCCUCCCAGGCUCAACCACUCUGCCACAAUGGCACCCUUGUGUUCUGUGUAUUUCUGUUUGCCAACACUUUCUACAGGUAAUAACAAGAAUGUCUGACAGUAUCUGUGUUGGAACUGGUUUUCGUUGCACCUUAUUUGUCAUGUCUGCCGUAUAGCCGGAUGGUUUCUGCAUCGAUUUGUGUCUGCGGCUGGUCACUUUCAACCAAUUGAUAUCACAACAGACGAUUCUGCUUCAAAGCAACCGAUGCAACCUAGGACCGAAAAGGUCUGACCCAACCUUCGGAUACAAAGGCACAACUGAUUGGCAGCACAAUUGUAUGAUCUAAAAUGUAAGCACAUGCGUCUUGGUAUCACGAUGGUUCUUGUUAACAAACACCUUGAUAUUACGAUAUUUCUUGUUCUGAUUUUGCGUUAUUUGUUAAGUUAUGAGGGGGUGGAAUUAGAAUUCGACAAGAUGACCCGCACUUCAGAGUAAGAUGAGGGAUGUCUACAGAAAUACUGUUAAGUAAAAAACUGAUUUGGAAAGUGGGUUGAUUUGUCUCUUCCAAAUUCUCACCAAUAUUGUGUUUAGUUGAAAAACCAGUGUGAAAUAACAUGGGGAAACCUGAUUACGUUCAGCGCAUUCAAAAUGCUUUUGCUCUGACCCUUUACUAUAGAGCUGUUCUAAUCUUGAUGUGAUUCAUGCAACAUCACAGCCACGAAUUGUGAAGUCGUUUACGUGAUGUUAUACUCAAUCAGGACUUACACAGCUACCCUGGAACAUCACCUCAAACCUAUCAUGAAGUCUGAGCCCUCACACAAAGUUCUCUUCGAAUGACUGAAAAUAUCUGGUUGACUUCACUAUUUGCUCUUUAGAAUUGAUUUCAGUAGAGCCCAACUUCCUCAUGACCCCCCAAAAGGAUUUGUACUAUAAGCUCUUGUGACCAACGGGGUCAUCAGUCACAUGAGAUACAUUGAACGGUUUAGCACAUUUUUAUUGAAUUCCAGCGACUAUUCUAAAGCAAUAUCUGAUAUCUGAAAUGGAAUAAGCACACUAGCACAAAAAUAUCUACUUGUUUAAGGUACAUUAACAACAUAAAAGUUAACUUCAACAGAAUACAAGGUAACCAUAACAUAAAACAAGAUAACUAUAACAAAAUAAAAGGUUACAAACAAGUUAACUUCAACAGAAUAAAUGGUGCAUUUGCACUGAUGUGCAUAUGGCUUAGAGAAGUUUAGCAGAGCGUUGGUAUUCUUCAAUGCCCCUCGAGUCCAUCAGCUUCUCAGGAAGUCAAACCCUUAGGGUACAUGAUCACUCAACCCUCGGAAAUGUGAUACUUUAACUCACGCUUUUUAAAGCAUUCAGAAACAGGCGACAGUUACAGUUUCCCUAUUGCAACAGUGACUAUUACCCUGAUAUCAAAAGUUCACAUGUGAAGUUGUAAACAACUGUUUAUGUGAUUGGUUGAAAGCACAGAAAAAAUACUUUACUGUUGUUGUUCUAUUGGUUUGUUUUGAGACUGUUGUGUAUUGUUUGUGUUGAUGUCUUUUUUAGUGUCUUAACAAAAAUAUAUUUUUGCAAUAAAAUCAUAAAAUAAUCUUUCCCUUUUUUAACAAUCUUUGUCCUUUCAGUAAUCUAUUUUUGUACUUUUAAUGAUUAAGUUCUCAACAGAAAGCGAGCACAGGCGGCCUCAUGAUAAAGAACUGCGGUGUUGUAUAGAAUAUGUGAUGCUUUCAAACCUGCUGAUGCAAUAUCUGGCAAUACAUAGCGGUGGCAGUCAGGAGGAGUCAGGACCAGUCGUAACCAGACAGAACUACUCAGGAGAAGUCAGGACCAGUCGUAACCAGACAUAACUAGUCAGGAGGAGUCAGAACCACUCUUAACGG